GACUUCCAUUUCCAUCCUCUCCACAGUAGAGGUCUACAGAGGAUAGAAAACCAGACUGAGAGAGAGAGAGCCCCCACGAUUUUAAGACUAUAUAUGCGUGCUCAAUAAGCCGUUUUGUUCUUCACACAUUGCACCCACAAAAAUCAUCGAACCAUUUUUGAAUUCCACAUCUUUACGUCGCUCUCACACCUCCUUCAGAUCUGAACUUGAACUUGCAGCUCUCAUUUCUCUCUAUUUUCAACAUACAUUGCAAAUUAUUCAUCAAAUUCAUCAAUUUCUCACAUUUUCCACGCAUAAUUCCGCUGAUCUACCCACUUUACUAUUCCCACUUGCAUAAUUCAGUGUCAUUUACAGUCCGAUCUACAUACCCAUAUCAGGGAAUGAGCUAAUAUAUAGGUCCUACAGUUAUACAUAUAGCCUACCUAUAUAUAUAAAUAAAUAGAGGUGUAUGGCAAUGCCAUCAGGAAAUGGGGUUGUUUCCGAUAAAAUGCUGGGCGGCGGUGGUGAUGGUGUUGGAGAAAUGGUGAACCACCAGAGGCAGUGGUUUAUAGAUGAGAGAGAUGGGAUUAUAUCGUGGUUGCGCGGGGAAUUUGCGGCGGCGAAUGCGAUAAUUGACGCUUUAUGCAACCAUUUGAGACUAAUCGGUGAGCCGGGUGAGUACGAUGGAGUUGUAGGGUGUAUACAGCAGAGGAGGUGUAAUUGGAGCGCGGUGUUACAUAUGCAGCAGUACUUUUCGGUGGCGGAGGUGUUGUAUGCGCUGCAACAGGUUAGUUGGAGGAGGCAGCAGAGGUAUUUUGAGCCGGCGAAGGUGCAGGGGAAGGAGUUUAGGAGGGGUGGCGCAGGUGGGUAUAAAAAGCAAGAACAACAGAGAGUUGAAAUUGUAAAGGAAGAGUAUGUGAAUGCCAAUGAUUCUGAGAAUUUGGUAGGGUUGGAGAAAGGAGAAGAGAUUGCCAAAGGGGAGGAUAAGAGUGUGGCAUUUGAGGAAGAGAAGAAAGAUGUGGUUGCAAAACCUCAAGUAGAGAGCUGUGUCAAGAGUACGGGAAACUCAGAAGUAGUGAUUGCUGGCCAUUCAGAAUGUGAGGCAAAUCAUGUAGAUGAUGCAUGCACCUCAAACUUAAGAG